AUGAAUGGUACGGAAGAGCUUGGCUUUGUGAAAGGUUCAGUGGAAUAUGGUGCUAGAUCGAUCGAACGAAAUAUAUUAAUAGCAAUGCUGAUUGCUACACAAAGAGGGGAAGAGGGUUUUGCCGGUUAUUACAUUCCAACUGUUGGCCUCGGUACUUGGCUUUCGCAGCCCGGUCAAGUUGGAAAUGCACUUAAAAUCGCUCUCAACAAUGGCUACCGACAUAUCGAUUGCGCGCAUGUAUAUCAAAAUCAGAUCGAACUGGGCGAAGCAUUUGCUGAGGCUUUCAAGAAAGGAAAUGUAAAGCGGACUGAUCUAUUUGUCACUUCGAAAAUAUGGAAUACUUUUCAUUCAUAUGAAAUGGCUAAGAAGGAUAUAGAUAUCAUAUUGAGCGAACUUCGCCUCGAUUAUUUGGAUUUAUGUCUCAUUCACUGGCCACAAGGAUAUGACGAAAGUGAUGGAUUUUUUCCAAAGAGAUCGGAUGAUGAAAAAUUUAAAUAUUCCGAUGUUGAUUAUUUGGAUACAUGGCGUGCUAUGGAAGAAUAUGUGAGAUUAAAAAAAAUCCGUUCUAUUGGACUGUCGAAUUUUAACCAUAAACAGGUUGAACUUCAUCCGUAUUUCCAACAACACAAAUUACAUAAUUUUUGUCAAGAACAUGAAAUAGUGGUGACUGCGUAUAGUCCACUGGCCAAUUCGACGAUGCCAUUCAGGAAAGCAACGGAUGCUAUUUUACUUGAUGAUCCCGUCAUUUGUAAGCUUGCGGAAGUGCAUCAAAAGUCAGCUGCACAGGUAGUAUUGCGUUGGGCUAUCCAACGCGGACUGGUCGUUAUCCCGAAAUCGGUGACUGAGAAAAGGAUUAUCGAAAACAUCAAUAUUUUCAACUUUGAACUUAAUAAUGAAGAAAUGGCAGUGAUCAAUGGCUUGGAUAAAAACUGGCGGAUUUUGGAUCUUUCAAGAGAUGCAGACCAUCCUUUCUUCCCAUUCAAUGAAGAAUAUUGA